AUGGCGACGACGGCAGGUCAGGGCUGGGCUCAGCUGAGGCAACAGGCCCGGUCGUUGGAAUCACAAACCGAGACAUGCCUCCAGACAUAUUCGCAGUUCUCUACGCAAACAAAUAUCCCUCCAAAGCCGACAGAAGAAGAGAAGAAUGCAGAAGCCAAAGUGCAGGAGUUGCUAGACAAGGCAGGCUUACAAAAGCGCGAAACCGUCGUCGCACAGCUAGGCCACCUUCUCGACUCGGAAACGACGCUCACCUCGUCGGCGCUCAAGCAGAACAACCUCGCGCUGCUGCGGGACAAGCUGUCGGACCACCGGCGCGACCUCGCCCGGCUGCGAAAGUCGAUCCAGGAGGCGCGCGACCGCGCCAACCUGCUCGGCAGCGUGCGCGACGACAUCUCGGCGUACCGCGCGGCCAACCCGGCUGCGGCCGAGGCCGAGUACAUGCUGGACGAGCGGGCGCGGCUGGACCGCAGCCAUGACGUGGCCGACAGCGUGCUGAGCCAGGCGUACGCCGUGCAGGACAACUUCGCGCUGCAGCGUGAGACCCUCGCCAGCAUCAACCGACGCAUCACGCUCGCCGCGAGCCAGGUGCCGGGCAUCAAUACGCUGAUUGGGCGCAUCUCGGCCAAGAAGAGGCGGGAUGGCAUCAUCAUGGGGUCGUUUAUUGCCUUGUGCUUCUUGGCGUUUUGGUUCUUUCUGUGA